AGAGAGAGAGAGAGAGAUGGUAAGUGAACGUGAGCACGAGGGGGCAAAUGAGAAUCCCCUCGCUCUCAGUUUUCAUCCUCGUUUCGGAGCGUGCAGCAGUGAAAGAGAGGAAAAGACGAGGGACCGAAGCCACACUCAUUCAUACAGCUUCUGUCUGUGAACAUUUCACUUCUUCAUCAUCACAGCUGCUUCUGAACACAGAGGCGAUGGCUGAGGUGGAGCUCCUCUCCACUCCCCAUAAUAUUCAGAUCAGCGAUGUGUCCUGUGACUCGUUCCGGAUCACCUGGGAAAUGGCCCAUGAGGACACGUCCCGAGUGACGCAUUACUUCAUCGACUUGAGCCGUAAAGAGGGUAGUGACCACAACCGCUUCAAGCACAGAGAUGUCCCCACCAAGCUAGUGACAAAAGCAGGACCUUUGCCAAUGGCUGUGAGAGGCCACUGGUUCCUGAGCCCUCGAACAGAUUACUGUGUCGCUGUGCAGACUGCCAUCAGACAGCCGGACGGAGACUAUCAGGUGUCUGAAUGGAGCCAAGUAGUGGAGUUCUGCACUGGGGAUUAUUCCAUGGUGCAUCUCCAGCAGCUGUUAGAUAAAGCUGAGACCGCUGCUGGGAGGAUGCUCAGGUUCUCUGUCUUCUACCGCAAUCAGAGUCCUGAAUAUUUCCAAUAUGUGAGAUCAGAGUGUGGAGGUGCAAUGGUCCCAUCUUUCAAAGACAACAGUGGAAGUCACGGCUCCCCCAUCAACGGAAAGCUACGCGGCGUCUUCCUCUGCUGCAACACAGAGUUCGACACAGGCCUUCCUCCCAAAGAUUCCCCAUACGGCCCUCUGCGCUUCCAAAUUUCCGCCGAACGUCUCCUCAAUCCGAGUACAAACCUCUACUUUGCUGACUUCUACUGCAUGUACACAGCAUACCAUUAUGUUGUGCUGGUGCUGGCCCCUGCUGGAUCGGAGGGGGAUAGCUUUUGCAAGAGCCACCUUCCGCAGCUGGACCUAACAAGCAAUCCUUUCCUGACAUACACACCCGGAGACGCACCGGCCUUCUGUCAUGCCAGUGACGUCAUUCUGGAGGUGCUGUACACAGAGCCCUUGCUUCUGGAGCACGGCAUCCUGGCUCAGAUCAGCGGCCGUCACCAGCUCAUGAGCCUUUCCACUGCGAAUGCCAAAAAAGACCCGAGCUGUAAGGUGUGCAAUAUCAGUGUGGGCCGCUGAAAUGUUAAUGGCAGACGUCACUGGAAGUGCAACUGGAAGCAUGAAUAUCAUGAGCACCUCACUAGUCUGGAAAGGGACCCAAAGUUCUAAUGAUAAUCCAAAUUCAAUUUCACUCUUUAUAAAAAGAGGUAUUUGGAAUUUUAAAAUAUGCCAAAGGCAUUGCACAAAAGAGACGAGAAUAAGUAAUAAGAACAUGAAAAAUGAAUGAGUUCAUGAUAGUCUGGCUACUAGUCAAGCCACUUGUUAUAAAACCAAGCCAUAUGAUCUGUGAGGCAACUAUUCAGAUCUUAAAGAGACAGUUCAUCCAAAAAUAAUUUCAUCAUUUACUCACUGUCACGUCUUGUAAAACCUCUCUUUGUGUCUGUAGAUCAUGUGAAAUUAAGUGUAACAUAAUAUUUUAACAAAUAAUAAAACACUUCUGUGAGCUUCUGCAUGUUA